GCCAUCGUAGUGUGUAAUUGCAGACUCUCCAAGAAGCCAAAGCCAAGUAGGCGACGCCAACCCAGCAAGCAAGCCCAAAAACGGAAUCCACACUCUGGACUCUGAAGUCGAUGUUCUCUAUUUCAAUCCAAAACUCGCUCCUUUGAAACCAUUUUGGAUCUCAGAUCCAUCGCAAGUCUCACCUUGCGCUCCUCUCUUCCUUCUUCGCUACAUUUCAUCCACAUACCGUACAUCAAUCGAUCAUUCUCAUUUCUUUUUCUCUUCCUUUUAUCUGAAGUAGUUUGUCUCUUGCAAGGUUCUUGAAUUUUCCGCGAUUCUUCUGUUCCGAAGAAAAUAAUUUUCUUGAAGGUUUUUUUCCUCGGAAUUUUGUGUUACGCAGCGAAUUUUCGGCGUUGCUGUGGUUUCUUGCUGUAAUGGAGAGCUUGGCUCAACUGGAAGCGCUGUGUGAGAGGCUAUACACUUCUCAGGACUCAGUUGAACGAGCUCACGCAGAGAAUACUUUGAAGUGUUUCUCUGUGAAUACUGAUUACAUUUCUCAGUGCCAAUACAUUCUUGACAAUGCACUUACCCCGUAUGCAUUGAUGUUGGCUAGUUCCAGUUUACUAAAGCAAGUCACGGAGCAUAGCCUUGCUUUACAGCUUCGUCUUGAUAUUCGGAACUACCUUAUCAACUAUUUGUUCGCUAGAGGACCUAAGUUGCAGCCUUUUGUGACUGCUUCUUUAAUCCAACUCUUAUGUCGAGUUACGAAGUUUGGAUGGUUCGAUGAUGACCGGUUCCGGGAUGUGGUGAAAGAGGCGACGAAUUUCUUGAGCCAGGCAACAUCAGAUCACUACACCAUUGGUUUAAAGAUUUUGAAUCAGCUUGUGUCUGAGAUGAAUCAGCCUAAUCCUGGUUUGCCAUCAACACAUCAUCGAAGGGUUGCCUGCAACUUUAGAGAUCAGUCACUUUUCCAAAUAUUCCAAAUAUCAUUAACUUCAUUGGGCCAGCUGAAGAAUGAUGUGGUGGAUCGAUUGCAAGAGCUGGCUCUUUCUGUUUCACUUAAGUGUUUGUCCUUUGAUUUUGUUGGCACCUCAAUUGAUGAAAGUUCUGAAGAGUUUGGCACUGUUCAGAUACCAUCCUCUUGGAGGCCAGUUUUGGAAGAUCCUUCAACGCUUCAAAUAUUCUUUGAUUACUAUGCCAUCACAAAGUCCCCUCUUUCGAAGGAGGCACUGGAGUGCUUGGUGCGACUAGCUUCUGUAAGACGUUCUUUGUUUACAAAUGAUGCUGCUCGUUCUAAGUUUUUGGCCCAUUUAAUGACUGGAACCAAAGAAAUCCUACAAACUGGGCAAGGUCUUGCAGAUCAUGAUAACUACCAUGAGUAUUGCCGUCUCCUUGGUCGCUUCCGAGUGAAUUACCAGUUGUCAGAGCUCGUAAAUGUUGAAGGUUAUAGUGAUUGGAUUCGAUUAGUGGCAGAAUUCACUUUAAAGUCUUUGCAAUCUUGGCAGUGGGCCAGCAGCAGUGUAUAUUAUCUUCUGGGGCUUUGGUCUAGAUUAGUGACAUCUGUACCAUAUUUAAAAGGUGAUGCACCCAGCUUACUGGAUGAGUUUGUUCCUAAGAUUACUGAAGGUUUUAUUACGUCCAGAUUUAACUCUGUGCAGGCUGGAUUACCUGACGAUCCAUCAGAGAAUCCUUUAGACAAUGUUGAACUUCUUCAGGAUCAAUUAGAUUGCUUUCCUUACUUGUGUAGAUUCCAGUAUGAAAGCAGUAGUAUGUAUAUCAUAAACAUAGUGGAGCCUAUUCUGCAGACAUAUUCGGAAAGAGCUCGAGUGCAGACAACUGAUAAAAAUGACAUAUCUGUUAUUGAGGCUAAACUUGCUUGGAUUGUUCAUAUUGUUGCUGCUAUUGUCAAGAUAAAACAAUGUACUGGUUGUAGUUCUGAGUCACAGGAAGUGCUUGAUGCAGAACUUUCAGCUCGUGUUUUGCAAUUAAUAAAUGUUACUGACAGUGGACUACAUACCCAGAGAUAUGGUGAAGUGAGCAAACAAAGGCUUGAUCGAGCAAUUCUUAUUUUCUUUCAACAUUUUAGGAAGUCUUAUGUGGGUGAUCAGGCCAUGCACUCCUCAAAGCAGCUAUAUGCCCGGCUGUCUGAUCUUCUUGGACUUAAUGAUCAUCUGCUCAUGUUAAAUGUUAUUGUUGGAAAGAUUGCUACAAACCUCAAGUGUUACACAGAGAGUGAGGAGGUCAUCGAUCACACUUUAAGUUUGUUCCUGGAGCUUGCAUCUGGGUACAUGACUGGCAAGCUUCUUUUGAAAUUGGACACAGUUAAAUUUAUAGUUGCAAAUCAUACUAGGGAGCACUUUCCAUUUCUGGAAGAGUAUAGAUGUUCUCGUAGCAGGACAACUUUCUAUUACAUAAUUGGUUGGCUAGUAUUUAUGGAGGACAGCACUGUGAAAUUUAAAUCUUCGAUGGAUCCUCUUUUGCAAGUUUUUAUCACCUUGGAGUCUACUCCUGAUUCAAUGUUUCGCACUGAGACGGUGAAGUAUGCAUUGAUUGGGUUGAUGAGAGACCUUAGAGGAAUUGCCAUGGCCACAAACAGUCGCAGAACAUACGGGCUUCUUUUUGAUUGGCUCUAUCCUGCACACAUGCCACUUCUUUUGAAAGGGAUUUCACACUGGUCUGACACACCAGAUGUUACCACCCCGUUGUUGAAGUUUAUGUCAGAGUUUGUUUUAAACAAGGCUCAACGUUUGACUUUUGACUCAUCCUCUCCCAAUGGAAUUCUUCUUUUUCGAGAAGUGAGUAAAUUAAUAGUAGCUUAUGGCUCAAGGAUUUUAGCACUUCCAAAUGUUGCUGAUAUAUACGCCUUCAAAUACAAGGGAAUAUGGAUUUCUUUAACUAUUCUCACAAGAGCCCUUGCUGGAAAUUAUGUCAACUUUGGGGUGUUUGAACUCUAUGGUGAUAGAGCAUUGGCUGAUGUACUUGGUAUUGCACUAAAAAUGACAUUGUCAAUUCCAUUGGCUGAUGUACUGGCAUUCCGAAAGCUAACCAGGGCAUACUUUGCAUUCCUGGAGGUUUUGUUCAAUUGCCAUGUAAAUUUUGUUUUGAACUUGGAUACAAGCACCUUCAUGCACAUAGUUGGAUCCCUUGAAUCUGGCCUUAAAGGUCUAGAUACAAAUAUCUCAUCACAGUGUGCUUCUGCUGUUGAUACUUUGGCUGCUUUCUAUUUUAACAACGUAACGAUGGGAGAAGCACCCACAUCACCCGCGGCAAUUAAUCUUGCUCGUCACAUUGCAGAUUGCCCCAAUUUGUUUCCAGAAAUACUGAAGACCCUGUUUGAAAUUGUUUUGUUUGAGGAUUGUGGUAACCAGUGGAGUCUGAGCAGACCAAUGCUUAGCUUGAUCCUUAUUAGUGAGCAGAUGUUCUCUGAUUUGAAGGUUCAGAUUUUGGCUUCACAGCCAGCGGAUCAGCAUCAACGGCUUUUCUUGUGCUUUGAUAAGCUAAUGGCUGAUGUCACUCGAAGCUUGGAUUCAAAGAACAGGGACAAGUUUACCCAGAAUCUGACUGUAUUCAGGCAUGAAUUUCGUGUGAAAUAACUAUCUCUUUUAUAAGUACCUGAUUCAGUAUACUACUCCAAGAAGAAGAUGUUGGUUUGAAGAAUCAUAGCAGAAUCAUAGCCGCUAUACUUCUCGUACGUGUGAACACAAGAAUUACCUGUCCUUAGGUGAAGGGCAUCUAUAUACUCUGGUUGCAUGGUUUUGUUGGCUUCAAUGCAAGAGAAGCUCAACUUUUGAAGUUCACAGUUUUUGUGAAAUGACAAAGAUGCACAAGGAAUUUUCCGUGGUGAUAUUGUACAGAUAUUGCUCCGCGAGGAGAGAUGCUGCACUUGUAGACGCUAUAAUACUAAGAAGAUUUCUCAGGUCUGUAGAAGCUAGUGAUGGGUUUGACAAUUAGUUCCUAGUGUGUGUUUUUCAGUGUAUUGAUUCUUUUUAGAACCAAGAAAGAUGUAAAUGAUCUAUCUGGUUGAAGCUAACUGAUGAAUUAGUGUUACAUUUUACAUUGUACAUUAACAUCGAAAAUAUUCUUUGUAUUUGUUGAUAAUAGAAGAAAAAGAAAAUUUUAGGUGAUUGCUA